GAACUCUCAUUCACGGAGACUAAGACACCGAUUCCCAGUCCUAAACUGGGAUCCCGCUGUCCUGGGUUUAACGCACUACUGCCUCAGAAAACUGCACUCUAUCCUGCUGUGAAGAACCGAAGACCCAGAGAGAACCCGAGCCAACAAUGGGAGGGAGCUGCGCGCACCGGCGGCGCCCCAGCUGCCCGCAGGUACUGUUUACACUGCUGCUGCCUUUGUUCUGUCCGGCGCUGGCCAAGCCGGUCCGCUACUCCAUCCCGGAGGAGCUGGACCGCGGCUCUGUGGUGGGGAACCUGGCCAAGGAUCUGGGGCUCAGUGUCCUGGAAGUGUCGGCUCGGAAGCUGCGGAUUAGCGCUGAGAAGCUGCACUUCAGCGUAGACGCGGAGAGCGGGGACUUACUGGUGAAGGACCGCAUAGACCGUGAGCAGAUUUGCAAGGAGAGAAGAAGGUGUGAGCUGCAGUUGGAAGCCGUGCUGGAAAACCCCUUGAAUAUUUUUCAUGUCGUCGUGGAGGUUGAGGACGUUAAUGAUCACGCUCCUCAAUUCGAGAAGAAAGAAACGCGUUUAGAAAUUCUAGAAACUGUGUCAGUUGGUACACGAAUACCCCUUGAGCCUGCCAUUGACCCCGACAUAAAUUCGAAUUCAAUUAAAGAUUACCAGAUAAGCCCCAACUCUUAUUUCUCAUUAAUGGUUAGAGUUAAUCCUGAUGGCGGCAAAAGCCCGGAGCUGUCUCUUGAGAAACUCCUAGACAGGGAAGAACAAAGGUCUCAUCGCUUGAUACUGACUGCCUUGGAUGGAGGGGACCCGCCUCGGAGUGCUACCACUCAGAUAGAAAUAUCUGUAAAGGACAACAACGACAACCCUCCAGCGUUCAGCAAGGAGGAAUACAGGACCAGUGUUAGUGAAAAUUUGCCGCCAGGAUCCUCCGUGUUGCAAGUGACAGCCACUGAUAAGGAUGAGGGCGUCAAUGCUGAGGUAAGUUACUACUUUCGGAGCACGGCCCAGAGCACAAGGCACGUGUUCUCUCUAGAUGAGAAAACAGGCGUGAUUAAGAAUAACCAGCCAUUGGAUUUCGAAGAUGUAGAAAGAUACACCAUGGAGGUGGAAGCGAAAGAUGGAGGCGGUCUCUCCACACAGUGUAAAAUCAUCAUAGAAGUCCUAGAUGAAAACGACAACAGUCCAGAAAUAGUCAUCACCUCUCUUUCUGAACGUAUCUUGGAGAAUUCUCCCCCCGGAGUGGUGGUUGCCCUCUUCAAAACGCGAGAUCGGGAUACCGGGGGAAAUGGAGAAGUGACUUGUGACAUAGGCAAAGACCUGCCUUUCAAGCUUCAGGCUUCUUCUAGCAACUACUACAAGUUAGUAACAGAUGGAGCCAUAGACCGAGAGCAGGACCCACAGUAUAAUGUCACCAUCACCGCCACGGACAAGGGCAAGCCACCCCUUUCUUCCAGUACAACCAUCACUCUGCACAUCACUGACGUAAACGAUAACGCCCCGGCUUUCCAGAAGUCAUCUUACAUAGUCCACGUGGCGGAGAACAACCCACCCGGAGCCUCCAUCGCUCAAGUCAGCGCCUCUGACCCGGAUUUGGGAUCCAAUGGUCACAUCUCCUACUCCAUCAUAGCCAGUGACCUGGAACCUAAAUUGCUGUGGUCUUACGUGACCGUGAAUGCACAGAGCGGAGUGGUGUUCGCGCAACGCGCCUUCGACCACGAGCAGCUCCGCUCCUUCCAACUGACACUGCAGGCCCACGACCAGGGCUCGCCCGCGCUCAGCGCCAACGUGAGCAUGCGCAUACUGGUGGGCGACCGCAACGACAACGCGCCACGCGUGCUGUACCCCGCGCUCGAGCCCGAUGGCUCUGCGCUUUUCGACAUGGUACCGCGCGCCGCCGAGCCCGGAUACCUGGUCACCAAAGUGGUGGCGGUGGAUGCAGACUCGGGACACAAUGCCUGGCUGUCGUACCACGUGCUGCAGGCCAGCGAUCCUGGACUCUUCAGCCUGGGCCUGCGCACUGGCGAGGUGCGCACAGCGCGUGCCUUGGGAGACAAAGACGCGGCGCGGCAGCGUCUGUUGGUUGGUGUUCGCGAUGGUGGACAUCCGCCUCUCUCGGCCACCGCCACGCUGCUUCUAGUAUUUGCUGACAGCCUGCAGGAGGCCCUGCCAGACCUCAGUGACCGCCCACUAUCCCCUGACCCUCAAGCUGAGCUGCAGUUCUACUUGGUGGUGGCCUUGGCCUUGAUUUCUGUGCUUUUCCUCCUGGCUGUGAUUCUAGCCAUCGCGCUUCGACUGCGACACUCUUCCAGCCCCUCUGUCUGGGACUGCUUUCAAUCUGGUCUUUGCUCUAAGACUAGGCCAGGGGUUUCUCUCAACUAUAGCGAGGGGACUCUGCCUUAUUCCUACAAUCUGUGCGUUGGGCAUACUGGAAAGGCAGAGUUAAAUUUCCUGAAAUGUAGCGCACCCCUGCCUUCUGCUGAAGACAUAGUUUGCAGUAGUUCUCCGGGGGCUUUAAUUCCGCUUCACGUUGGGGAUGAUUUGACAACACAUCCCGAGACUCUAACACCGGUAAGUUUCAUUUUAUUCUUUAAUAAUCCUAGUUUCUCUUGUUUCAGGCAUAGUAACUUUGCUUUCAUAUCUAGGUUCAUAUUUGAAAAACUGGUAGCUAACUGCCACCAUGUCUUCUCAAUGGUGAAAUGA